GUCUCAGUAGCUAUCACGGGUGAACUAUCGAAGGAGAGAUCAUCAACAUGAUUCAUCCUGUCGGGGUCCAUUGAAUCCUUUCAGUAAUCUAGAAAUCCUUCGGAAUGACCUCACCGAGGUCUCAGUAGCUCUCAUAGGAGAAUAGGCGGUCGCCAUUCUAUUUUCAAAGGUAUAAAUAUGAGUCUUCAUGCCUCUAGAAAACUGAAUGUUUAGACCAUCUCACACACUCAUCCAACAAAUACAACUUUAUCAUCAGCUCUCUUCCACAAGACCCUAUACAACUCACUACUUACACCUAAAACUGACCUCACCCCCGCCAAAAUGAAGACCACUUUUGCCUCCAUCCUCGCCGCGACCGCCGUCUUGGCCACUACCGCGAACGCCUUCUCCAUUACCAACUGCGUCACUGGGCAGUACAAGAACUUUGGCGAGGCCGGUAACAACAAGUGCAAGAACUUCAACGCCGGCAACUCCCUCACCUACGACAGCAACAAGGGCCUAACCCUGACGGCCUUCCAGGGUACCGACUGCAAGGGCAAGUCGUUCAAGACCACUGUUCAGAACGCUUGCACGGGUGCUCCUUUCACCGUUCUUUCUGUCAUUGCCAGCUAAGCGCAUGUUUCGGACUUUAUAGCCAAGGCAUACGAGCCUGGGGAGGAGUUUUCUGAGCCUCGUAUGUUGAGUUUGGAGGACAGAAAGGGUGUUGUAUAUGAGAUCUCGAUUGAAAAUCGGUUGUCUGUGAGGGAAUCGGCGGUGUUUCAUUGAUUCUUGAUAGUCAUAGUACACCCUGAAUUCAACGCAUCAACCACCACUGUUGUCUUUUCAGAACCAUGCACUACUUAUGCAUCUCCACCAAAAUUUGUAAAAUCUACCAUCGUGGGAGGAUUUGCAUAUUGGGAGUAGGCCUUGAACUAAGCAAUUUCUUCAUGGUGUCCACAAGCGCUUCUGCACUUUCAUCCCAAGACCAUAGCUUAUUUUUGAUAACGUUAUGGGCUUGUUCCGCUCGACCAAUGCCUCUGGAUCCAUUGAGGACCCGCAUUGCAUCACUGCUGACGAAACAUGCUACGGAAUGCUAGGAUAACGUUGUCAUCGA